AUAGCCAUUUUUGUGUGCUUUGACUUUGCCAUGACUAUAACCAAAAUACACAGGAUAAAUAUUUUAGACAAAGAACAUUUUUAUGUAUAAGUAUAAUAAUAUAAAACAAUAUCAGCAAAUAAAAUAUUCCUGUCUUAAAAAGUGUGAUUUGAUUACAGAAAUAAAGCCAAUAGUGCAAAAAAAAAAAAACACUACUGGCUCUCAUUGCAAUAUUUUGCCUUUUUACCCCAAAAGUUCAGUGUCCAUAAAAGUAGUUUAAAACAUACUUACACAUACAAAGACGUAAGAAACCUGAAAAUAUCGAUGGAAUCAUGCUAGCAUAAAUCCUACUAAUGCUACUAUUAGUACUGCUUGUAUGGAUCGAUCCACCCAGAUUAAAGAAGCCAAAUUGAAGUCAGACGUAAGUACAGUAAUUUUUUCGUGUAUAAAUAUUCGUUUAUAUUCUACGUAGUUAUUUAGUGUUUAGUUGUUUAAAUACAUUUACAUCGAAGUUGUUCUACAUUCGUUAAAUAAUGAACAUGCGCGCCAUUUUAUUGUCCGAUACAAACAUGGCGGCCAUGAGCGUGGAUGGUUGGAUACGGAAAGACCAAAAGUCUUUUCCGUGGAGUCUGUUGGCAUUUUGUAGCACUUCUACCACCUGUUUUACUGCUAAUAAUCCAACAGGACAGAAUUGCACUUCUAUCUGGCUAGUCUCCUUUUCUGCCUUGCUGUUGCUCCUCUCAUGUAUGCAGCUCACAUGUCAGAGAUGCAAACAUCAUGGAGGACGUCCAGCACAGACCGUGAUAACUGUCUACUGUUUCCUUGGUAACAUAUGCGGCUUCACUGGAGCUGUUUUGUCCAAACAGCUACAUAUUCAAGUUUUAAUGGGACUUGUGUCUUCUUCUGUGGAUGCAGUCAUUUUUUUCUCCUGCUGUCUUCCACUGUGUCUUUGCAGGGACUUGCAUGCAGAGAGGAGGCGAAGGAUGAUCCGGAGGCGCAGGAGACUUCAUCUUCUUGCAGUUUGUUUGCUGACUACGCUCACCGGCGCUUUCCUGAAGUCAGGCGUCCUAGACAACCCGGCAGACUCGCUGAUCCGAGGGAGGAGGCUGCUGGAUGUCAGCCUGCAAGUAAGACUGGAGUCCAAGGACACCACAGAAAUCCUUGGCUACAUCCUUGGGCUGCUGUCUUUUAUCAUCACCUCUACCUCCAGGUUCCCUGCACUUUGUGGACUCAAUAAAGGAAAAAUGCUGCCAGGAGCUGACGUUUUCUCUGCAGCGCUGUCCUCACUGGCUGCUGCCCUUUAUGCCGCUGCUAUUCUUCACUACCAUACUGGGAUCAGCUUCCUUCUCGGAGUCCUGCCAUGGCUGCUGGCGGCCGUCUGUGGCGCCUCGCUGGAUUUUCUUAUUGUAGUCCAGCAUUUACGCAACGUGGGAACCAGCGGGCAUCCUGUCGGCUUUUCUCCUGAGAUGGAGAGCCUCUUGGUGGACUCAUCGAGGAACCAUCCCGUCAUGGGGACACGUCAACAUGCAGCUCCCCCAUCAGCACAUGGAAAGGGCAAAAAACUCCAUUUAACCGAGAUGGGUCGUUACAUGGAUGUUAGUAGAAAGUUGUGCCCCCAAGAGGUGAUCGUGUCCGGAGAGGUGGCGCACGACCAAGCUCCGAGCAGGACAGUCCCAAUGGUACGACUCCGUGGUUCUGAUACAUCAUGUGACUCUUCACUUGUCAGUUUUGAUCUAGAGUGGGAUUUCGAAGAGAGGAAUCCACAGUGGAGUGGAGCACAAGCAAAACAAGAUGGAGACGAGUUCCCCCUGCAAGAAUGGCCCAGUAACCCCAAACCAUUCAGCGUAGGCACUUACGCCUCAUGUGCACUCCCACAGAACCGCGUGUCCUGUAAUGAUGCCACAAGACUCUCCAAGUGAUAAACGGAAUCACAGUGGAAAUAAUAAAAAAAAUGUCAUUAAAAAUAUCAAAUCAUUUGAGACGUUGGAAGGUUUAGAACAUCCAGCAUGUCCCUUACUGGAACAAUAUCGAGAGGUUAUUAGGUCACAUCCUGUCUCAAGGUUAUCAGCACUGUCUACUGGGGAAAGGGUGACUGGUGGUGAUAAGAACCAGACGAGACGUCCUCCACGGUCCUUCAUCAUCUUGCCUGCUGCACAACCAUACGCCGCUGGUCUGCCAGCAGAACAAUGCAAUGAUUAGAUCAGCGUUAACGAAGCACAUUUCACUACACCCUGUUUGAUUCCCUUGAGGGGGCAUGACCAAGAUGUACGUCAUGUGCGGUAAAGCGGUUUGCAGUUUUCAGCACUGAUGGCUAAAUUUGGCAUCGAACAAUGUACGUUGCCGGACUUAAUGACAAUAUAACCCAUUGUUUGUUGUACGGCAAUUAAGUGGCAAAUUCAGUAUUUCACAUAAAAUAGAAGCUACCU